GUUCGUAUAAAUAUUGUAGUGCGAUUCUUUCACUCUAAAUCCAUUUUUACACUUUAAAAAAAAAAAACUCCACUCUUCUAAUUGUAAGCUGAUAGAUACCAACUUAGGGAAAUCAUAACGGAAUUAUUUCCGGAUAUUUGUUCCUGUGUCACUUUUCUAUCUUCUAAAAUGGCGACCUCUACAGAGUCAAAUACGGCACAGAAACCCCCACCUCAAGAAUUUGCAUAUUUACCACCUCCAAGAGAUGAUAUUGGCUACUACGAUGAGGGUUUAAAGGACAAGUUUAUCAGAAAAACAAAGGACAAUCCAUUUGUUCCUAUAGGUGUUGCCAUGACAACUUUUGCCCUGUCAUAUGGUCUGUGGCAGAUGAAGACUGGAAACACGCGCAGAUCACAGACCAUGAUGCGAAUGAGGAUUGGUGCACAAGGAUUCACUUUGUUUGCCGUCUUGGGUGGAGUCUUCUACAGCACCCUGAAGGCCAAGAAGAAGCCUGAAAACUGAUGUACAUUAAAGAGUGCUCUCAGUGUAUAGGUGUGCGGCUGUAACCAUUGUGUCUCUGUGUGUAAGCUUUAAGACUUACAGGCAGUACUCCUGAUUACAACAUAUACAUGGAAUAGAGCUGCCAAAGUGGAACUUGUAAAAAUGAGCAAUAUUUAUGGUGUUGUAAACAUGCCAUGAUUUAGAGAAUAUAUAAGACAACAUGUUUUCAUAUAGAGAUUGGACUGUAAGCAUUUAACAAUUUUUGUAGGUGUAUAAUGCUGUCCAGCUCAGGGAAAUAAUAACCUAAUAAUAUCUGUUUGACACAGCAUCUUUUCAAAAAAUACUGGCACCUAUUUCAUACUUCACAUUGAAGCAUGUGAAAUAAAAUGAUAUAUUUUAAGCCCUGUUACUGUCCUUAAUCACAAAGAGGUGUGAUUCAGAUAUAUGAAAACUUGCAAAAUUUAACAAUUACUUCACACUGAAGUGGAUCAAACUCAACAUAGUAUUUUGAGGCCUGUGACUGUCCACAAUCAAGAUGUGUGAUUUGGAUAUAUUGACGAUGCCUCAUGUUUUGUGUUCUUGAUAUCAAUAUUCAAUUAACUUCACCACUGCCUGUUUUCCAUACAGUUUUAGUACUACCUUGUAUUGACAUAUUACCAUGGUAACAGUAGCAAGUCAAUAGCUGAGAUAAACUGUCUCCAUGGUAGACUGUUCAUGUGAAAGCUCUACCUCUCUCUGCAGCAUGGAUAUGAGUUCACAUUUUGAGAGAAGGUACAGAAGUUAGUAUUCAAAUCUAAUUAAAUAUAUCACAAAGGAGUACUAAGUUUUUGGAUAGUUAUCGCAGACUGUUUUGUCUUCCUCUGCGUCUACCUCUAAUCAGUGUUACCUGUAGUAGAAUCAAAAGGAUAGUACAUGUAUUGAUAGCUUAAUGCAAGUUAACAUAGUAUUUACAAGGCUCUUUACUAAUACUUGACAGAGGGAAUGAUGAAUGCUUCAGUCAGACCAAAUGGUAUUUGUUUUUUUUAAAUGAGUGCUGUGAUAGUCAAUACAUUAAUGUAUAUACAUUGUUAAAAGGGGAUGAUAUUUUAAUCUCACAUCAUGAUGCUCCACACUAACCUGAUAAUUCAGGGUCUUGUUGUCUUGAGAUGAGAAACAUUUAAAGGAAAUAGGCUAAGGAAUACUGGCCUUCUCCCUGACCCAUCUGUAACGUGUAAUGGUGUGAUUGAUUGAGGUUGAAUUUGAGAAGUGAGGAUGGUAUUUAUAACCAAGAAAUAGGUUAAAUGGCUUUGUAACAUGCUGCAUUAUGUUAUCAAUAAAAUGUUAAACAUAUAAA